GCGCGGCGGCCGAGGGGACGCAUGCGCGCCGGGCGGCUGCCAGGAAAUGGCGGAGGUUUGGCGUCGCCGCCGCGAUGUUGUUGACGUGCCACAGCCCGUCGCCUGAUGCGAGCCGUUCGGGGCUGAAAUGGCAGGAAACAUGAGCGUGUCCCAACAAAAUGACUGUAGGAGGCAGUCUCUGCUUGAAAGACUUCUUGAUGCUGUUAAGCAGUGCCAAAUUCGCUUUGGAGGAAGAAAAGAAAUUGCAUCAGAUACUGACAGUCGGGUUAUCUGCCUGUGUGCUCAGUUUGAGACUGUGUUACAACACGGUUUACGGAGAAGCAGAGGAUUAGCACUUACAGCAGCUGCUAUCAAACAGGCAGCAGGAUUUGCCAAUAAAACUGAAACAGACCCUGUGUUUUGGUAUUAUGUGAAAGAACAUCUGAAUAAACAUGAAUUGCAACGAUACUACUCUUUAAAGAAUAUUACUACAGAUAUUGGACGUGGCAGAGCCUGGCUUCGAUCUGCACUCAAUGAGCAUUCACUUGAACGUUAUAUGCAUAUGCUUCUUGGUGAUGCAAAUCUUUUAAGUAUCUUCUAUGAAGACUGGUCCUUUAUGAGAGAGGAAGAGCGUGCUAGCAUGCUACCUACGAUGGCAGCAGGAUUAAACUCUAUCCUCUUUGCAAUCAACAUUGACAAUGAGGAUUUGAAUGGACCUAGCAAGCCUGUAUCUGCGGUUGCGAACUUGUUAAAGGAAUCAACUCAAAAUGUCACAUCCCUGUUAAAGGAAUCCACACAGGGGGUCAGCACGCUCCUGAAAGAAAUCACAACGGCUUCUGCAGUGCCCAGUUUCAUGCGACCUGAGCCUGAAUCUGACCGACUGCCAGUUCUGUCUAAAACUGUAACACAAGUCUACAGAUCUCUUGUGCAAAAUGUAUCCAUUUCUCAAAUGUCCAGCUGGAAUACUCUUCAAGUCCUGAAUGACAAUGACAGCUCUGACAUUCUUUUUCCAGUCAUGGCAGUUGGUUCCUAUUCUCAGUCUGAUGCCACUUCUGAUAAUCUGAUGUACUGUGAUGAACAUGAAAAUGUUAUUCUGGCUGUUGAACUUGCCCAGAAAGGUUCCCAACAUCAAUAUAGUGCUGAAGCAGCUCCUUCACUUCAGGCUGAUAUUGGUCAUGACCUUUUGCCAGCUUCUACUGUCCCAGAAACCAUGACUGUUGAUGAACUACGUCAAGCUAUUGUAGCCAUGAUGAACAGAAAAGAUGAAUUGGAAGAGCAAAACAGAUCACUGCGAAACUUACUUGAUGGUGAGAUGGAACAUUCUGCAGCACUCAGGCAAGAAAUUGACAACCAGAAAAAAAAACUACAAGAGCAAGAUGAACGAUAUGCUGCCAAAAUUCAGGCAUUGGCAAGAGAAAACGAAGUGUUGAAGGUGCAGUUGAAGAAAUACGUAGGAGCUGUCCAAAUGUUAAAGCGAGAAGGAGGCCAAGUGAACGAUGUUCUUCCAAACUUACGGAGUGGUGAUUCUGACAUUAUGAUCCCAGAACCUAAACCUGUGGUCGAUAAUGAUGAGCUGGCUAACACCUAUGAGCGAAAGCUAAUAGAGGUGGCAGAGAUGCAUGGUGAACUCAUAGAAUUCAAUGAAAGACUACACAGAUUACUGAUGGCUAAGGAGGCCCUUAUCUCACAGAUGAGGCAGGAACUCAUUGAUUUACGAGGGCCGGUUCCUGGUGAUUUAAGUCAAACCUCUGAGGAUCAAAGUUUAUCAGAUUUUGAAAUGGCUCACUGUGCAUUGAUAAAUGUUUGGAUUCCAACGGUAUUUCUACGUGGACGAGCUGCUAAUGCAUUUCAUGUUUACCAGGUUUACAUCCGGAUCAAAGAUGAUGAAUGGAAUGUCUACAGGAGGUACACUGAAUUCAGAGCACUACACAUCAGACUACGGACCAAGUUCCCUUUGGUGAACACCUUUAAUUUCCCACCUAAAAAAGCUAUUGGAAACAAGGAUGCAAAGUUUGUGGAGGAACGUCGUAAACAACUCCAGGAGUAUCUACGGAGCAUAAUGAACAAAAUUAUACAAACACUUCCAGAGUUUACAUGCAAUCCUAAAAAAGAGACCCUUUUGCAGCUGCUGCCAUUUUGUGUUGAUGUACAGCCGACUGGGGAACCUGCAAGUAAGGCACGGUCAAAAGUCGCCUCUAAGUUUUCUAGAUUGAGCAGGACUCACCCCAGGGAGACACGAAAUCCUGAGCCUCAGAGUGGCGACCUUUGACCUGUGAACUGACGAAAGAUUCCAGCAUACUGUCCUUUAUGUGAAACACCAGAUAACCUUUCAAUACACCACAGCUGGGUUAAGCCGAGGAAGAUAGAGUGACAGUGUUAACGUCGUGGGAAAUGAUUUUGGAAAUGUCAGGUUUUCGUGGGUCUUGUACAUUGUUGGUAAUUUGGAAUGCAUUAUCCGCUUCAUAGAAAUAUCAGUAUAAGAUAAGACUCUCUUUCACUUGCACAGUUUGAAAUGUUUACAGUCUGUAUUGAUUAUUUAUUGUGGUGGCACAAUUGGAACAUUUACUCGUUACAUUUUUGCCUUAAUUCCUAAUGCCCUUUCUCAAGCAUCAAAAGCAUGUCAGUUUAUUUGUGUACACUUGUUGGACGUAUUAAUGACCACUCCUAUGUUUAUAUACAGCAUCUAAGGGGAAUAAAAAUUCCUUUACCGAUUUACAAAAGCACUGUUACUGCAUUUCACACCGAUUAGCUGGCAGAUAAAUAUCAACCAGAAAAAGUUUUAAGCCAGAUGUAAUUUAUUGACAUUGAGAGUUGCUAAGUGCUGUUUCUUUCAUCACCUUUUUAAAAACAAAAAUGGAUUGAGUAUGAGUUUUAUUUUGUUAAUAGAAUCUUCAAUAUCAACUGGAAAUCCAUUUAUUCAGAACCCAAUUUUAUAAUAUAAAAUGUGCACAGUUCCCAACUCUAAAAUUCAUUAUAAUCAUUUGGUUAUAGUCUCACAAUUUAAUUCCCAAAUUUGGUUCUUUAAACAUUUCUCAUCAGUCACUGUACAUUUAUAUUGUUAUACGCUGUGAAAUUAUUGCAGCGGCAUUCAUAAAAGUCUUGUCCACUCACAUUAAUUCUUCUGAGAAUGUGGUAAGGUUCACAGUGGUAAAAUGCUUCUUCUGCACAAAUAAUGACUAAUCCAAAGACACAGAUAUUAACAUAGCAUCUUAACUUUGUUAUAAGAUUUUUACAAAAUAAUGUUGAACUGAAACUUCAUUUCUCAGUAAGGAAGGGAAAUCGAGAUACAUUUUUCACUAAUGCACAAAGCUACGACUGGUACUCUGUACUCGAUGAGCCAUUCCUAGUAUGUGAAGACAUGAUUUAGGCACUACAGUUAGAUACAGUUUACUAUCUGCCAAUGUAGAGAAUGUUUCUUUUAAUCUGAGACGAUUAAUAAACAGUAUUGUUUUCCAAUUGAGAUGCAGCAGUCUUAAGAUUAAUGUAGAAACAAACAAAUCCAAAAUAACUUAAAAAUUUAAUUCUGCUAGUAUCAUUUUCUGAAAACAAUAUUAUUUGUUUGGGAUAUUUUAGGUCCAUCUUUAUGCUUUCAGUUUUACAUUUUUAAUUAAAUUAUAUAAAGUUCACUAAUUCCUCCCUGAAAUGAGCAAAUACUAAAGUCUGAGGUGAUUUUCCUCUAUCAAAAAUACAUAUCACCUACAAUUACUUUCAAAGUUUAUACUGUAAAUGUAAGUAGUAUGAAUUGCAAUGCAAGAAAAUUAUUUUCCUCUUGAAUGUCAUGUUAGCUGUUACAUUAACAGGUUAGUCCUUUUGCUUCAAAACGUAACAAGACCCUGUUACAAUUCACUUUGGAUAACAUCCUUGCCAGAAUUGGAACAUCAGACCACAAUAAUGUUUUGUCCCUCUAUUCUUCUCUUCCAUCAACUCUCAAAUUCUUCAAGUUUCCCAAAACCAAACCAAGUGUAAUAGCCUCUUUGUUGAUACUGUAGUUGGCCUUUAUCAUCUCCAUUCAACUCUGUUAUCAGUCUUCAGCAUUCUUACAACCUAUUUCAGCCAUAGCACUCCACUAAUCCAUUCAGCUGCCCAGAUCCCUCUCAUCUGUUUUUUUUCACCACAAGCUUUCAAUCAUCUUCCAUCACAUUUUAUAUUCAUUAUCCAACAGGUUGGUGAAUAUGCUUAUCUGUUCACUUGUAUACAGUUCUUGGUGAAAACUAAGCUUAAGUGCAGUGACAGAAAACUGGAGAGAGCUAACACUGAGCAGUGCUGACAUUUCCUAUGCACUGUUUUGGUGAUUAAUUACCUAGGAAGAAGUUGAAGUCAUCUGCUCCUGUGUUAGCAUCUGUUCAGUUGUACAUAAAGCAGAUUAGACAUGAUAUUAAAUAGAUUAAUCUCUAUCCUGUCAACCUGUGGGGAAUGUAACAUUCAAAGUUGUAUUUAGCACUGCUGUUAGAUUUUAAUUUUUUAUUAGAAAUUCAUUGAGAAAAGUAUUUCAUUACAACUGCUUCUGAAUAGGCCAUUUAGAAAACGCUACAUGGACCAAAAUGUGUGUGGGGACAUAAUGCAAUGUAACUUUAAUAAUGGAAAUGUAUAUAUACAGGGACUCUCAGUUCAGAGAUUAAACACGAGUUUUAGAAAUUAAUGAGAUGUCCUGUUAAAAGUGCUUUCUCUUGCCUAUGGGACCAUGAAAACAAACCUAGGAAUAAUAAUUAAUAAAUAUGCAUGAUCAUGAUGAAAUAUAAGAUGCUGACAUUUUUGUUAUAUUUUCACUAGGUUUACAAUACUGGAACGGUCAGAGAAUCUAAUAGUUUGGCUUGUGAAAUUUGAUGUAUAGAUUUUGCCAUGUGAAAAUUUGACACUCACUCUAAUAUCAUUAAAGGGAAAGGAAAAUCUAAAGAGAGGAUAUUCUGUUCUAAAUAUUCCCUUCAGCCAUGUCUUAAUGAACUAUAGAGUAAUGAAUACAUGUCACUUUUCACGCAAUCAUGCAGAUACUUGAUUUGCCAUUUUUUCUCAACUCUUGUAACCGAUUAAUUUACAAGAAAGCAACCUGUGUAUUUCCAUAUUUAAACUGUUCAUUUCAGUGGGAAUGAUUGUCAACCUGGGAACUGAUCCCAAACACACAGAUAUAAUAAAUUCCAUUGACUGAAUAAUGCUAUGGACUGAAAUGUUGCAAAGGUUUUCAGAACCAAGUUACUAUCUAAUUGGUUAGAAGGUCUGGCCCCUAUUGAUAUAUUUUUAUUAGAUCAACUUAUAAUUAUUUGAGCAGAAAAAUUCCUCCCAUACUGGAACUACAUGAACAGGACCAGGUCAUUUCCCUUGUCACUUACAAACUUUGUCUGUAUUGGAAAGUUUAUUUUCUCUAAAUAAUACACUGCAGAAAUCAACUUUAAUUGAUUCAAGAUUAUUCCUGUAGAAUUGUAUAGAGUCCUUUCCAUCCUUUUGGCUUGUCUUUGCAAUAACAUCAAAUAAUCACUCUUUAAGAAGAUUAUAUUUUUGAAUGCAUAAAUUCUUAAGUUAUUCCAUUUUGUCAGUCCUUCGGAUUCUACUGAUGAUUUCAUCUUCACAAAAAUCUGUUACUACUGUUGUGCACUUUUCAUACAAUGAAUGGAACUGACUGCAUAACAAUGACGGCAUGAGUGGGUUUUAUCCAACCAUGUCUAUAAAUUGUAGGAGCAAAUUAUUGCAGAUGCUGGGAUCUGCACUGAAAACAACAAAUGUUGGAGAUAUAGACUCUCAACUCAAAACAUUAGCAUGCUCUCCAUGGAUGUUAUCUGACCCACUAUGAUCUGCAGAUUUGUUGUUUUCAUGUCUAUAAAUUGCUUUAGUGUGGUAUCCUGGGGGGGACUGUCAGAGUUCCUCUAUGUAAUAUAUAUAAAACGGCAGUUUUAAGAUGUCUCAAAUGACUCGUCACCAUUUUAGCUUAAAGUACGCAUUUGCAAUAAUGUUGUCUGAAGUAGCUGUUCCUAAUGCAUACUUGCAUCAGCAAAGCACAGGGGUGGCUCUAAAAAAAUGGGCCUACUUUAAGUAAAGGUUGUUUUUUGCAAAACAGAAUUCUGUAAGCAUUUAGUUAGAUUUAUCAAACCAUUCACAGCUUCCAAUUACUAAUGCUAAUGAUUUAUAUCCAUUGUCACAGUGGGUAUGGAAAUAAAUCAGAUGUUCAUGACUAACAGCACUUUCUGAUCUCUGAGAGCAAUCACUUUACAUUCACUGAUGCCACACAUUUCUUGUUUGUCUCUUGUAAUUUGGAACACUUUUGAAUUUGCAUUUAAUGCUUAUAUUUUAGUUUAAUGUAAUUUUUUAAUGUUAUCUUAUCAUUCAGUGCCUACAUUUUCUGAAUAAAACUGACCUUUUGACUUACUUGAGAAAGGAUAUAAUAGCAUUAGGAGUAAUUUAGAGAAGGUUCAUACAACUAAUCCCUGGGAUGAAGGGGAUAUCUUAUAAAGAAAGAGUGGAUAGGUUUUGCCUGUGUCCAUUGGAGUUUAGAGGAACGAAAGAGAUGAUCUUGUUGAAAUGAAAGAUCCAGAGUAAAAUUGACAGGGUGGAUGUUUCCCUUUAUGGUUGAAACUAGAAUUAAGAGAUAGGGUUUAAAAAUAAGUAGUAUCUCACUCAAGACAGAGAUGAAGUGAUUUUUUUUUCCCCUCUCAGAAGAUUGUACAUCUGGGGAAUUAUUCUCCCGAGAGAGCAGUAGAGACAGGUUAUUGAAAAUUUUUAAGGCUGAAUUCAAUGGAUUUUUGCUUGACAGGGACUCGAGAGUAGGGAGGAAAAUGGAGUUAAGGCCACAAUCAGAUCAACCAUGAUCUUAUGGAAUGGUGAAGCAAACCCAAGGGGCCAAAUCCUACUCUCGUUGAUAUGGAUAUAUGACAAAGCUGCUCUGAGAAAGCUGAAAAUCAGACUGAAGUGGACAGCUUCAUGCUCUAAGCUGGUUUUAGAGCAUUUGAUUGUUUUGUCAGUGAUUUUAACAGAGUGUAAGAUAAAGAGGUCUAGGAAGGCAAAUUAAGUUGCAACAAAUUAAGAGAAUAUUAUGUGAUUUUUACUUCCUGAGUUCAUCAAAUAUUCUUUAAUGGAUCAUGUCGAAGCACUACUAGCUUAAUGUAGUUUGUAACGUUAAUUGUACUCACCUAUGAAUUGUUAAAUUCUGCUGAGCACUUUGAGGAUAAUUUCAAAUGUAUGGGAGCACAGAAACAGGCCAUUCAAUUUAACCAAUCCAUGCUCCACUCAUUCAUGCUCCACUCGAGCUUCUUUGAAUUAUCUUCUCACAGAAACUUGCCACUUUCUCCCUCAUGCUUUUCUACUUACCCCAUCUCAAUGGAAGUGGCUGCCAGUCUGCAACUGGUGUUUUCAUCUGAGGCAGGGAGCCCCAGUUGAAUGCUAGUAUUGCCAAGGCAAACAGCAACUGGCAGAAAGGAAUUGGUUUGGGAUGGAAUGUAAGGGAGAAGCUCAGUAAGGAUCAGGCAGUGCUUGGGCACUGAAUUCCAGAAGCUGGCUGGGUAUGGAUGCUGUGAACAUCUUGCAGUUGGUUAGUGCUUGAGUUAAUGCAGCAGGGUGCCAGAUUUGCUUCAUGUAUUCCUGCUCCUUCAAAACCUGUGAAGAAAAGCUUAGAAGAUUUCAUUGUCUUCUAACUUGACAAGACUGGCUACAUUCAAACACAAGGUAAAAGAACUUAUAGUUCUUAGGGCAAAGGGGUCAAAGGCUAUGGGAGAAAGUGGGAACAGGGGCUGAGUUGGAUGACCAUACUGGAUGGCAGAAUAAGCUUGAAGGGCCAAAUGGUCUACCUAUAGUCCUUUUUUUCAUGUUAUUGGGAUUCACAUGUGGGUUGUUUGAACUUAAAUCUGUGUUAAUCACAAAGGCUUCUUCUAGAGUUCUGAGAAUCCAAACCUACAGAUUUACAAACCAGAAGUAUCUAAUGAAGAACCUGUAGAAAAGCACAGGAAAUGAAAAUGUCUUGUUUUAAAUGAACCUUUACUGUCAAAUUUAGGGAUUUAAAAUUCCUCUCCAGGAAAUUAUUGCAAAUUACCAGUCUUCAUUAUUGAUGUUUAUAAUUACAUUUUUCUUAAGCAGAUAAAAAGGUUUUUAGUCAAUUGUUUGCACUGAAAUCUUGAGAUUUGUCAAUUUGGAGUUGGACCAUUUUCUGCCACUUUGUCAAAAUCAAUGAGUAAUGCCCUUCAGCUCAUCUGGUCUGUACUGCCAAUGUUACACUAGAUCCACACUAGUCCCACUUUCCAGCACUACAGCCAUAGCCUUGAAUGUUCCUGUUCAAAUUUCAUUCUUCAUUGACUGUGGUAUUUAACAUAGAGCAAUGUAGCUUUUAGUAACUACUUCAUUGUUAAAUUAAUCAAAUGCAGAAUAUAUCUCUGGUGCAACUGUUAAUAUUUUGCAGUUGUUCUUUUUCUUAGAAUUUUUUUUUGAGAAAUAAGCAGACGCCUGCCGUUUUUAUCUGGUACAGAAUUAUUCUGCACCUGAGGCCAGGAUGCUGAAAUGUUAACCUCACUGUACUAUAUCAUAAGAUUGAAUUUAAUUUGAUUUAUUAAUUACAAAUAAACUUGCUUCAGAAAACUUUGGUAGGAAGCAGUGUGUAGAUUGAUUCUAAUUUGGUUACAGUAGCCACUGCUCUUUACUUCCUUUAGUCAAUUUUCUGACUAGUCCAAAACCUGGGGGUAAAAGGGGGUGAAAUCAAUCUUUGACAGUAGCAUGAAAUUAUAGGUGAGUUGAAGCAGUUUUAUACUGGUAUCAAAUGGUGCAAGAGUCUAAGGAAAAUAUGUUUUUUGAAAGGUUGUAAUGUCAUCUUCCUCUAUAUUAAACUAAUUUAAAUUAAAUAAGAUUGUUUUUUAUGAAAACAUAUAAAAGAAUGUGACUAGUUAGAAAUUGACAGUAGGGCAGUUAUGAUCUGUACAAAUGGGUGGGUUAACAUGUCAUUAACAAUACUUUUUCGCAGAAGUGUUCUUGAAACAUUAACCUUUUUUAUGGAUGUUGACUGAUCAGCUGUGUAUUUCUGGCACUUUCUGAUUUGAUUCCAUCAUUUUCUGAUUUAUUUUAAACUCCUGUUUUAACAUGCUCUCAGGAAAUCUUAUUUCAUAGUGAUGUAUGGUUAAACUUCAAUCAGACCUUUUAAAAUGUGAUCCUUUUGUAUAUAUUUAAACUGUUGCCUUUUUCUACUAAAUCAAAAACUACAUAAUAACUUCCAGCUAAAGAUUUUAAUUUUUAACUUCACAAGGAAAGCACAAGGCUGAUUGAGAAAUUAUUCAUUCAUUGUCUACGUUUUCAUCUUUUUCAAAAGUUGAUGAAGAUGCUGCAUAUCUAUAAGUGCUGUUGAUCACUGCGGGUACUUUGAUUUCCUUAAAUUGAAUACAGGAAGUAUGAUAUGAUGUGUUUCAAAUUGGACAAAUUAAUUGUAAAUUUUAUUGUAAUUGAUUUGAGGAACUGAAUGACUUCUUAUUUCUCCAGAUUUGGAGAGAUGUCUAAUAAGUACAAAAUGAAUGUGUUGAGUGAGAGCACAUCUAGGAUUGAAAUUCUUCACUUUCUUCUGUGCAAUUUAAAUAUCUUUCAGUAUAAAUAUUUCCUGAAUCAUUACGUGUAUUUUAAAGAAACCUACAUGUGAUAUUCAACAAAUUAUAAGAAACAUGUUACUGUUAUCUUCAGUCCUGUGGGCAUCUGCUUUGUUUUGCAAUUCUGUGUAUAUUUGUUUGCAUGAUGCAUACUACGCAAUAAGAAGAUGUAAUUUCUCUAAUUUGCUUUUAACAAGUCAUUUUACAUUCAUAUGAUUUAAUAGAAAGUAAACCAUUUUCAUUUGAA